UAAACAUGGAGUGAAUUGAAUGAGGGCUGGUGGAGGACUCGGGGUGUGUGUGGAGGUCUGAGGGGUUUCACUGCUCGGUCGUGUGUGUGUGUGAGAGAGGUUUCGCUGCUCGGUGGUGUGUGUGGAGGUCUGAGGGGUUUCACUGCUUGGUGGUGUGUGUGUGGAGGUGUGUGUGUGUGAGUGAGAGAGGUUUCGCUGCUCGGUGGUGUGUGUGAGGUGGUGUGUGUGUGUGAGUGAGAGAGGUUUCGCUGCUCGGUGGUGUGUGUGUGGAGGUGUGUGUGUGUGAGUGAGAGAGGUUUCGCUGCUCGGUGGUGUGUGUGAGGUGGUGUGUGUGUGUGUGGAGGUGUGAGUGAGAGAGGUUUCGCUGCUCGGUGGUGUGUGUGAGGUGGUGUGUGUGUGUGUGUGUGGAGGUGUGUGUGAGAGAGGUUUCGCUGCUCGGUGGUGUGUGUGUGUGUGUGUGUGUGGAGGUGUGAGUGAGAGAGGUUUCGCUGCUCGGUGGUGUGUGUGUGUGUGUGUGGAGGUGUGUGUGAGAGAGGUUUCGGUGGUGAUGCUGUGCCUCAGUAGUCGCGCUGAAGGAAGCGGAUUGUGUGUGUUUAUUCACUGUGGAAGGAUUUCUGUGUGAAAGUGAAGAGAAUCGCGGAGCUGUUACAGUUUGGAGUUUAUGGUUUUGGUAAUGUGUGGAAAGGAGGAGCUGAUGAUGAUGAUGAUGAAGGGCAGUGUGCAGCUGAGGAAACACAGCGCCGCCAUUUUGUUGAGAUAAAAAACAUUUAAUUUGAUUGUAAACCGGAACUCGGCGCAGUUUUCAGAGCUGCUGGAGGUUUAUAAACUCCAUUGCGGUGUCAGGAGCAGCGAGCCAAUCAGGAUACAGGAAACCUAUCAGUGAUAUGAUGUCAGACUUCACCCACAAAAUGGCAGCGUGUCUGCGCUCUGAAGUGAGCAGGAAUACGAAGGAAUUUUAAAGCACUGCUUUACGUGACGGCAACAGAUCACGUGUCUAAACUGGAAGGGCACGCGGUCAAAUCCAUGCCUCCGCCAAGCCACAUACCUGGAUUUGCAUCAAAAUCUAAUCAGUUGUUCCUUGGCCCAUGGCCCACCGUUCCUCCAAAUCUCAUCAGAAUCCAUUCCAGCAACGCUGGCAGGGGUAAUAAAUCUUAUGCCUGCUUCGUUAUUAGAGUUUUAAACUUGCUUCAUGUUUUCAUUCCAGCUUUCCAUUUAAAAGGACAUGCAGCAGGCCUGAGAGGAAUGUGAGCGAGUCAGCGCUGGAGCGUUUAACUCCCAGUCCAGAGAGGAACUGGGAGAACUGGAUUUUUACACGGUGGGCUGUGACUCGCAGCAGGUUACUGUCAAAGGCUGUGGGUGUUUUUUUUUUUUUUUUUUCCCUGCGUGAACGUUUCAUAUAUACAGAAAGAAAGAAAUGCGCAGAUCUGAGUAUUUUAAUGUAGUGUCUCGAAAGUCCCUAUACAACCCCAGGUUUAAAAAAAAAAAAAAAUGACAAAUUGGGCUCUGUUAUAGAUGUUGAGGGUGUUUCCUUUCAAUUAGCCGAGUCCAGCAGCUCGUUCAGGUCUGUAAACACGUUUUUUUUUUUUUUUUUUUUUUUUUAAAUUAACUGCAGACUAAUUUGCAUUUUUAGAUGUGCACUAGUAUUCGUUUUAGAAAUGCAUAUUACAACGUGAUUUUUAAAUAAUUUUUCCCCCUGAAGAUUGAGUGGUUUCUAUAAUUUCCCCUGACUUUCUCUUGGGGGGGGGGGGGGAUACCGUUUAUUAAAAAUGUAAUUGAAUUUAUUUGAGGUAUAUUUCAGAGACAAUGUUCAGCUGUUAAACCAAAAUGUUUGGUGUCAUAUCUGUGAUUCGUUUUUGCUAUAAAGUCAAAUCUUGCUGCAUGUAAAUGUGUGGAUUCUGUAAUUUGUGCCAGGGGUUGGACAGCCGACAGGUUUAUUCGUCAGGGUCACGCUGAUUGGCGAGGAAAUGAAAUGGAAACUGAAAGUAGAGAUGAAACGAUAUGAAAAUUUAUCAUCAUGAUCGUAGUGAACAAAAUGAUGAGUUAUCAGUAUCAUGGUAUUGAGAAAAUGUGCUGUAAAUGCUCAAUCACUAAGUUUUAUACUGAAAAUUAGAAAAUUAAAAAAGUGCAUAGUGUUAGGUUUUUUUUUUUUGCAUAAAUACUAUAAUAGUAUUAGGGCUGCCACUAACACUUUUCUAUCAGUGAAUCUAUUGACUUAUUUGACAAUUCUGUAAAAUAAUAAUUAUUCCUCUGUGCUCAGAGAUGCUGGGGGCGUGUCCACUGAAGCCACGCCCAGUCGUGGGAAAGGUACAGCUUCUAAUAAUCUCUGACUGCAGGGUCACGGAGCUGCAGUUUUACACCAACACACACUGGCACUUUUAUAAGCACCAAACUGAAAUAUUAUGUGUAAAUGUCCCAGUUUUAAAAACCUACAGCGACUGUGUUUAUUUGCGUCAGAUAAUCUAACUCCCGAUGACUUCCUGCACUCUCACUCACAGAUUACACCGUCACAUUUUAAACACCUGUGUGUUUUUAGUUACACACAUGGAAAGAAACUUUUGUGAAACCCGGUCACUUGACAUUAAUGUCAUUUGAGUGAAAUGUUAAAUAUGAACAAAUAAAGAACGCAAGUCGAGAAAGCCUAAAUCUGGAAAUUAUAAUAAUAAAUUAGACCAGGGAUUCAAUUAAAAACGUUGGUGCAGAAGUUGGUUCCGUUUGCCACGGUGUCGUCUUUUAAUCCUCUACAACGCACUAAACAUUAAACAGGGCAGUUUCACUCCCUCCCUCCCUGACUGACUGUGCUCCUCAAAAGUUUGUACACCCCUACUCUACUCCUUCAUAGAUGUUUCUGUAUUGCGACUAGUUUGCAUAUUUUUGAACAAUACUGAAGACAUCAAAACUUUAAAAUAACACAUGGAACAUGUAUGUUAUUUACCAGCUGGGAGGUCUGUAUGGUGAAAUACCGUGACCGAGGUGUUGAAAGUACUGAGCGAGGCCCUCUGGGCCAAGGUCAGUAUUCAGGGCCGAGGUCACGGUAUUUCACCAUACGGACCGACCUUAAGCUGGUAAAUAAUAUAUAUUAUUUUUUUCUUUACCAAAUUCUAACAGAAAACGAGAGCGCCCAAAAGGGAAAACCGAGCCGAGCCGCCAUUUUGAAUCCUCAUUCACGGCUGUAAUGCAAAUGGCUUCCUCCUCGGUAUACAAGUGCACUUCCAUGGCAGGAAAAACACUACAUUUUGCCGCCUAUGUCGUCCCCUAUUUAUACAAAUAGGAGUCAUUCAGGAUUUAGCCAUGUUUUUGCUCAGCGUUAACAGUUAGAGAUUUUUAUCUUUCUCCUGAAAUGUUUUCUUUUAUUUCUUCUUCCUCAGGGGAGUAAAACUGGCUUUCGCUGUGAACACUGUCGUUAUCGCUAUCCAUGCUGUAAAAUUAAUGCUGUUCUCCUGAGAAAUGCUGGCAAAAAUUUAUAAGAUUUUUGAUAAUCUUAUAAAAAAAAAAGAUAAAUGUUGACAAAUUCUACUACAGUAUGUUUGUUGCUGUGAACAAGCGAGUCGCCAAAGGUCCGUAACCGGGGUCUGUAAUACGGACCCGCUCGCCAGCCAAUCAGAGCGCAGGAUUUGAUUGAAACCGGACUGCGAAAAAAAUAAAUGGAAUUAUGUGGUAAACAAAAAACUGUUAAACCCAAAUAUGUUUUUAUUUUAGAUUCUUCAGCGUAUCCAGCGUUUCCCUUGAUGACGCUUUGCACGCUAUUGGCAUUCUCCUAACCAGCUUCAUGAGGGAGUCACCUGGAAUGGUUUUCAGUUAACAGGUCUGCCUCGUCAAAAGAAUCACGUCUGUUUACACCUCAUCAUGGAGUCAGGAGAACUCUGGCUGUGCUCUUCGAGAGAACCUCCACACCCCCCUGCUCCGGCUGGGUCACAGCUUUGUGGAGAUGUACAGAGAGACAUGUAUUCAGCUUCAGGUGGAGGGACAUCAGGCUUCGGGGAACACCUCAUACCUGUGGACCUUUAUAACCACGUCAAAAAGGAAGAAGCUGAAGAUGAAGCCUACCUCUGCGAAGCAACGUCAGACUCUGUGGAUCACCAGAUCCAUGUUAAAGAGGAAGAACCUGAAGAUGAAGAUGAUCUGUGUGGAGAGAGAUCGAACUGUGUGGAAAAUGUAGACCAAGAAAUGACAGGGUUUCAAAGGAAGCCUGUAAAAAUGGAAGAGUCUGAAGAUAACGACUACCUCUGUGUCACAGCAAGCGGUAUGCCCUCUCUUCUGAGAAUCAAUCUCUGGGACCGUCAGCAGAUCCCCAGGAACCUGCCAACUGCUCAGCCUCAUCAACUACCUCAGCCAUGUCAGCAGACCAGCAAGGCACCACUAGGCUCAAAAGAACGUUCCAGAAAAUUCAGAGAGAAUAUGAAGAAAGAUCCAGAAAGGUAUAAAUUGUAUUUACAAGAAUCAGCAGUUAGAUCGAAAUUAUAUCGUGCUAGCAUGACUGACGAGAAAAGAGCCUUCGAGAGAGAAAAAGCAAAGUUACGGAUGCAGAAGUACAGAAGUCAUCGGAAGACAACCCAGUUGGAAGCGGAGAGAGGGGACGUGUCCUCUGGUCCUGUUAAGUGCACUACACAUGGAGAUGAAGAGAAGAAAAGACAAGAACAUGAAAAAUGGAAAAUUGCUAAAAGGAGUCAGAGAAAAUUAAUGUCUAGUUUAAAGAAAAGAAGAAUAAAUGAGAUGAUGAGAGUCUUGUACCACCAACAAAAAAUUGAAGUUGGUAAAGGAAGUGUUCAGCAGCACAGAGCACCCAUCUUCCCACACGUCCCAGAUCCAGCUACCAAUAAUGAUUUUGCAGAAGAGGACACCUCUUCUGACAGGGGUGAAAACCACAACGACAUUGGGACCAGAUUUUAUGGACUGGAACCUGAAGACACUGAUUCUGCCCAUGAUGCUGAGAAUUGUAAUGAGCCACAACAAUCGGAAUCAAAAGCAGAACAGACGAGGUGUAAUCCGAAAGAUCAGAGACCGUUCCUGUUGCAGGCGAACAGAGCACAGCAUGGUCAUGCGCGUCCAGCAGGAGAGAGCAUGAACUUCCGUGAGUCAGUAUGCUGUGUGACGUCACGCGGUGAAGGUCAGGACCUGUGUUGCAUGCGUUCUUAUGACGACGUGUGCAUUUGUGACUUUACAACUAUGAACCUCAAACUUGAGCAGAGAGCAAAUAUCAAAUUCUGUGUCAAACUCGGGAAGUCAGCAAGAGAGACUCUUGCGUUGCUUCACCAAGUCUACGGCAAUAAAACGAUGAGCCGGGUGAGGUGUUUUGAGUGGUAUUCACGCUUCAAGAGGGGCAGACUAUCACUGGAGGAUGACGAGAGGUCAGGGCGACCCUGCAAAAACAAAACCUCUUGAAAAAUGUCCAAAAAACUGAAUGCGUUGUGCGUCAGGAUCAUUAGAUCACCAUCAAGGACGUUGCUGACAUUGUCAAUGUGUCUGAUUUGAACAUUCACCGUGUUGCUGCCAAGUUUGUGCUCAGGCUCCUGAUUCCCAAGCAGAAGCAGCACCAUGUCAGUCUGUGAGAAUCUCUGUCAACAGGCCUGUGAUGACCCGAACUUCAUGUUGAGGAUCAUUACUGGUGAUGAGAGAUGGGUCUACAGCUCCGACCCAGAAACCACAACAGUGGAAGAGUCCACACUCCCCAAGACCAAAGAAGACAAGGCAGGUCAAGAGCAUGACCAAGAGCGUAUUUGUCACUUUCUUUGACGUUCACAGGGUUGUGCACCAUGAAUUUGUCCCCCAGUGUCAGACUGUCAGUGCCAACUUCUACUGUUGCAUCCUGAGGCAUCUGAGGAGAACAUUUGGUGCAAACAACCUGAACUGGGGCAUGCCGGCAAUUGGAUGAUCCAUCAUGACAAUGUGCCGGCUCACAGUGCAUCGAAAAGACGUGAGUUUUGCAACUAUACCAACAUGAUUGUCGCUACCCACCCCCCCCACUCAACUUCUUCCUCUUCCCCAAGAUGAAGUUGAAGCUGAAGGGUCGUUGUUUUGACACGGAGUUGUGGAAGAUGCUUCCCAGGCUUAAAGAACGGGACUUCCAGGAAGAAUUUCAAGCAUGACAGACACGCAGUGAGUGGUGUAUUGCUGCGUAAGGUGACCACUUCGAAGGGGAUGAUGGCCAAAUUUUAAAUCUGGUGUGGGUUUUUGCUUUUUAUAGGCAUAGUCUCUGAACUUCCAAGACCAGGCAAACGGACUAGAGCAUCCCAAAAGAAAGCCCUACAAAGAGCUUGAGGUGGAUUACUGGAAAAAGGUAAAUGGAUUAGCAUUUAAUUCGUCCUCGUCACCCAUAAUGGAGUAUGCGGCCUCCAACGUGCUCAAUCUGGAGCCCAUCUUUCCAGGUGGCCAGAGCAAUGAACAACAUACCCAGAGCAGCAGUUGGGGGUUAGAUGCCUUGCUCAAGGGCACUUUAGCCAUUCCUGCUGGUCCAGGGAAUUGAACUGGCAACUUUUUUUUUAGUCCCAAAGCUACCUCUCUAACCAUUUGGCCAUGACCUCCCCUUUCUCCCUCAUGUCCUUUUCAACUGUCCUCCAAGUUUCCUUGGGCCUGCCUCUGUUUCUCUAGCCAUCAGGAGUCCAUCUGAGGGCUACUCUCUAUACUGAUGUGGAUGGCAUGUGCACGACGUGUCCAAUCCAUCUCCGGUGGCACUUCCGCACUUCAGUUUUAUUUUAUUUUUUUGGAUUUGGUGGAUGAUGUUCUGUGCAUCUUGAUGUUGGAGAUGGUGUUUGGCCAAAAGAUGUUAAGAGUUCUUCUGAGAUGUCUGUUCUGGAAGACUUCCAGCUUGUGGCUUAUGGUUUGUCAUCUUCCAAGACUGUGUGCCAGAUGAGAGAGUACUCAGGACAUUGCUCUUGAAGAGUCUCUGCUUGGUGUUGGUGCUGAUGCUCUUUGCUCACCAUGUGUUUCUCAGUUCUGAGAAGGCCUGGCUGGCUUUUGAGAUUCUUGCCCUGAUCUCUUCUUCUGCAUCCCUGCUCUUGCUCAUUUUGAAGUUCAGAUAAGUGAAGUGUUCCACAUUAUCAGUUUCAAUCUGAUGUGACUGUCUAGUGUGACUAUCUCCACAGUAGAGAAACGUCUUUAUACCUGUUCACCACGCAAACGGGGGGCUUUAAAGAAAUGAGGACUUCAGAAAGGAAGCAGCAGUCUGCUCUUCAAGGUUGUUGACGCCAUGACUAUUGUUACACACGCCAAUGAAAUAGAACAUAAGUUGUUCAGAAACUAAUUCUAAAUGUUUUUGUUUAUACCCAGAAAAGUAUUGAGAAUUAAUUGGUGCAUUAUCUUUUGCAGUGAUUGAAUAAUGCCAGAAUGCAUUGUAAUAUAUGGGAAAGUUUGCCAUCCACAUUACACUUGCGACGUUUCGUGCAGGGUAUAGUGAAGUCACUCAAUGAAUAUACACUACCGUUCAAAAGUUUGGGGUCACCCAGACAAUUUAGUGUUUUCCAUGAAAAGUCACACUUUUAUUUCCCACCAUAAGUUGUAAAAUGAAUAGAAAAUAUAGUCGAGACAUUUUUCUGGCCAUUUUGAGCAUUUAAUCGACCCCACAAAUGUGAUGCUCCAGAAACUCAAUCUGCUCAAAGGAAGGUCAGUUUUAUAGCUUCUCUAAAGAGCUCAACUGUUUUCAGCUGUGCUAACAUGAUUGUACAAGGGUUUUCUAAUCAUCCAUUAGCCUUCUGAGGCAAUGAGCAAACACAUUGUACCAUUAGAACACUGGAGUGAGAGUUGCUGGAAAUGGGCCUCUAUACCCCUAUGGAGAUAUUGCACCAAAAACCACACAUUUGCAGCUAGAAUAGUCAUUUAGCACAUUAGCAAUGUAUAGAGUGGAUUUCUGAUUAGUUUAAAGUGAUCUUCAUUGAAAAGAACAGUGCUUUUCUUUCAAAAAUAAGGACAUUUCAAAGUGACCCCAAACUUUUGAACGAUAGUAUAUAUUGCACCUAUGUUAUGUUAUCAUAAAAGCUAUAAAAUAACUGAUAUGCUCUUGCUGUAGCUUCCUAGUGAUGCACUCUGUACCCAAGAAUAUCGUGACUAGGUGUUCUGAAUCCUUCUUUUUGAUUGGACUGGAAAUAUUCAAGUUAGCAGAUCUUGAGAUGGAUCCAAAUUGUUCCUUCUUUUCAAUCUUCUGUUCAUGUUAUUUAUUGACUUGUCAAAUGUUUUUCUAUGUUUUUAACACCUUUUUUUUAUUAAAUUCAUUGCUAUUCUCA